AUGAAGCUCUCCUCCGCCGUCCUCGCCACCCUGGCCGCCUCCGUCUCCGCAGUCGAAGUCGAUUACUUCAAAACUCGCGCCAACUGCUCGAAUGGAGCCGUCCGUAACAGCCUAACCAUCCCAGAUGGCAGCUCAGGCGCGACAUGCUACAAGUUCACCACCUCAGCCCAGGCGGUGCGGUUUGGCAAGAAUGGGGGCACGCAGGUUGCCAGUGGCUGCAACUUGAUCGGCUUCAGCGACGCAUCGUGCGGAACGAUGGUUACGCUGCAAGUUACCGGCCCAAGCGAUGCGGGACAAUGUUACAGCACGGCGGGCUCGGAUGUCGUUGGCAGCUUCUACUACAUCUGCGGCCUCUCACUUCCAACGUCGGAGUAG